AAACUAUUUUGAUCGCAAUGAUUCAUUUUAAAUAUUUUUUUUAUAUAUUUCAUUACUAGUAGUAUAUUAGUCUGAAUUUUAUAGUACUACAUAAAAUCGAUUUCAGAGACGUGUUUGCCUUUGAAUUGCGUGCCUGAGAAGAGUGGCAUUGGACCCAAAUUGGCCAUGGCUACUCAGCUAAAAUCCGACGCCCUGAUGGAGCAGAUGAAGCUCCACAUGUCCACUGACGCCGGAAAACAGCUCACCAAGAAAAUCGGCCUCGUUUAUCAGAUCAAUAUUGCUCCCAAGAAAAUUGGGUUCAAUGAGAAGUCUUUCGUGGUGGAUUUGAAGAAAGGAGAGGUUAAAGAAGGGGCGUAUGAAGAUGGGAAGCCAGAUGCAACUUUCUCGUUUACAGACGAUGAUUUCCUAAAGGUCGCGAGUGGGAAGAUGAAUCCUCAAAUUGCUUUCAUGAGGGGCGCAAUGAAGAUUAAGGGCAGUAUCAGUGCAGCACAGAAAUUUACCCCCGACAUUUUCCCCAAGCCAUCGAAGAUGUGAGCAGUUACGGCAUCCCUGUACUACAAUGUCACCAAUAUCAUUCAGAUCAUUGUGUUGUAUCUGAAAGCUCAACUAUAGGUAUCUUGGAGAUCAAACAUAUGUUUACACAUGCAAUUAUCUAUUUGUCUCGGCUCAUUUUCUUUA